GCUGGCGGUCCAGGGGACGGGAGAAAUCAGAAGUCACGAGAGGAAAUAUUUCCUAAAGCAGGAAACCGAGGCCCAGAGAGGGCGAACGACGUGUUCAGAAUCACACAGUGAGCCAGAGAGGACAACUGCAGCCACGUAGGGUAGUGGAGGGAGGGCAGUAUCCUCAAGACUCUUCUGUAAGCAGCAAAUCUGGAAAGCAAGAUUAAGGAGACAAUGCACAAUGCUUUCUGGGACCAUCUUCGAGAACAGCUGUCAGCUGUUCCUCCGGAUUAUACUUAUGCUCUACAGCUUCUAAAAGAAAUCAAAGAGAUUUUGUUAUCGCUGCUCCUUCCUCGCCAGAACCGCCUAAAAAGUCAGAUUGAAGAAGUGAUGGAUAUGGAGCUUCUUAAGCAGGAAGCUGAUCAUGGAGCAUUGGAUGUGUCUCAUCUGUCCACCUACAUCCUGAGCAUGAUGACAAUGCUUUGUGCACCAGUUCGAGAUGAAGAGGUUCAGAAACUUGAGAGCAUAUCAGACCCCGUGCAAUUACUGAGGGAAAUAUUCCACGUUCUAGGCCUGAUGAAAAUGGACAUGGUGAACUUCACCAUCCAGAGCAUACGACCACAUCUGCAGGAGCAUUCAAUCCAAUAUGAACGGGCCAAAUUCCAGGAGCUUCUUCAGAGGAUGCCUAACUUCCUGGAUCACACCACAAAGUGGCUAAGCCAAGCAGCUGCUGAAGUUAUGAUGCCCCCUCCACCCCCCUAUGACCCUCCCGAACAAAUCACUUCACCUGCAGAUGAGACAAUGAAAGACAAUCCUAUAAGCCCCUCAAUGGUGUUAAAUCAGGGUUACAUGAAUCUUCUUCACUGGGAUCCUGACAAUGAGGAAUUUCCUGAGACUGUGAUGAUGGACAGAACCCGGCUGCAGGAGAUUCAGUGCCAGUUAAAUCAGCUGACCAUUUUGGCCUCCGUAUUGCUAGUAGCCAACAGUUACUGUGGCCCCAAGUUAUUGGGUUCACCUCAAUUUGUAGACAGACUGAAACAAAUAAUCAAAGUCCUCUUGGAGGGAAAUCAGUCAAGGCUCAAUGAGGCCUUGCUGAGUAUAAGUGACCAAGUGCUUCAGGAAAUACAGCAGGCCCUUGUGGACCUGAAUCUUCCUGCCCUAAGCAAAGAAAAUGCGGCUUCCCUGUCAGGCCAGAUCCACAGUGUGGCCAAGGAGGACAACUGCGUCCGCAGCAUCAUUGAUCAACGGAUCCGUUUGUUUCUCAAAUGCUGCUUGAUCCGGGGAGUGCAGCCUUCUCUGAGGGACCUCCCUGGAGGCAUUACUCCUAUUGAAGAAGAGCUGGCAGAAAUGGGCCAAAGGUUUUCCUGCCUGAUACAUCACAACCAACAAGUGUUUGGGCCCUACUAUGCUGGCAUCUUAAAAAAAGUGCUCUACUCUCCACAAGAGUCGGAAGCAAGCGUGGAUUCUAUCUGACAUCUCGAGGGGAACGCCCUGAUGUGGGGCGGGGAAGAGAAGAGAGCUCUUUGUCCGUUGCCUGUGGUUGGCAUGACAGCCACAUCUCCUCUUCCCCCCACUGCAGCCAGAACACCAAGGCUGCAUGUGAACACCAAGCUGCCUGAGCCCUUUUUACCAAUAAAUUUCUGAGCUGCAAGAA